ACAAAGUUCUCUACCGGAAAAUGUUUUACUCCGGUUAUUUUAAGCCGGCUAAACUGUACUUCUGUCUUGUCCAGCCUAUUCUCAUUUUUCCAUUUUUACCAAAUUAGUAUUGCAAGAUUUUUUCAACACUAUUAGCUUUGGCUUACAAGACACUCCGGCUUAGAUAAAACGAUUUAAGCUCCCCAUUUAUGUUGACAAUCCAAAUUCCUUUUUCUCAUUUAGCUGAAAAAUAGAACCACCGAAAAAUGUCAGAGUCCGGCCAUAGCCAGCCCGGUAUGUACGGACCAGGACGGCGAAGGAGGCGACGGCGAGGGGAACGAGAUGUUGGACCUCCGGGCCAAAACCUGUCUGGCCCCAGCCGUGACCGAGAAUACCAACAAAGAGAACGAAGGGACGGGAGCGAGGAUCCACCAGGCCCUUUGAUUCAGAAGACCCCCAUUAUUCUUGCUAAACCUCCCGGAGACAGGGCCAAACCGCCACAGAACACAGCCACCAGUGGGACUCCAGUCCUGGAGAAACCCAUCAUGCUGAUGAAAGCCAGGGAUGAGGGAGGCAAGCCGGGAACACCCCAGGAGACUGCUGCUCAGCCCUCGGGUCCUGGACCUUCUAAGAUGGAGAAAGAAGGCCAGCGACCUACACAGCCUGUCUAUCAGAUCCAAUACAGAGGGAUGGGUCCCUCUGCAUCCAGCAGCGCUGUGGACCCUAUGGUUGGCCAGGCCAAACUCCUUCCUCCAGAGAAGAUGAAGCACAGCAUCAAGCUGGUGGAUGAUCAGAUGAACUGGUGUGACAGUGCCAUGGAGUAUUUAAGAGACCAGACAGACAUGUUGGUGGUGGGAGUCAUUGGACUACAGGGAAGUGGAAAAUCUACAAUUAUGUCUCUGUUAUCUGCUAACACACCUGAGGAAGAUCAAAGGAGCUAUGUGUUCAGAGCUCAAAGUCAGGAAAUCAAGGAAAGAGGAGGAAAUCAGAGUACAGGCAUUGAUUUCUUCAUCACACAGGAGAGAGUCAUCUUCUUGGAUACACAGCCAAUGCUGAGCCCUUCUAUCCUGGAUCACCUCAUCAACAACGACCGGAAGCUGCCUCCAGAGUACAACCUCCCUCACACAUAUGUGGAGAUGCAGUCUCUUCAGAUUGCUGCCUUCCUGUUCACUGUGUGCCACGUUGUGAUAGUGGUCCAAGAUUGGUUUACCGAUUUAAACCUGUACAGGUUUCUCCAAAGUGCUGAGAUGCUGAAGCCUUCCACUCCUUCUGCGAGCCAUGACAGCUCUGGCUCCUCAGGCAGUGAUGAUGGUGCAGAGUACUAUCCUCACCUAGUGUUCCUUCAGAAUAAAGCCAGGCGAGAAGAUUUCUGCCCACGAAAUCUGAAGAACAUGCACAUGGUGGUGGACAAACUUAUGGCCCAUUCUCAUCUCAAAUACAAAGGUACACUGUCGAUGCUGGACUGCAACAUCUUUCCAGGCCUUGGACAUGACUUUCUGAAAACAGAGGUCAACAUGUUUCUGCUUCCUGUUCACGAAGGCGAGGGAGAGGAUCAUCUGACCAAAGCAGGAACAUACCCACUUUUUUCUCUGCUGCCUGGGUACAGAGGACACCCCACGUUCUCCUACAUGGUCUCAAAACUUCGCAGCCAAAUCCUCGCCAUGCCUCGCUCUCAGCUGUCACACACCAUUCUGACGGAGAAAAACUGGUUUCACUAUGCUGCUCGGAUCUGGGAUGGUGUAAAGAAGUCUUCUGCCCUGUCCGAAUAUAGUCGCCUCCUCUGCUAGGAAUUGGCUUUCACUGUUGUACAUAUUGUACAUUAGCAAUUUAUAUCUGACAAUAAAGAGACAUAUGAGCUUGA